CCCCACACAGUCAGUCGCCGAUUUUGUUUUUUGUUUUUUUGCAAUAAAUGUUUGUACCGCACAAUUAUUAACGACGCCAAUGGCAGCAACGGGAAGUGAAAUUGUUUAAUUACUCUCCGAAUGUCUGGCGGGUGACAACCUGUACCCAGAACGCUCGAUGCAAUACAAGUUUAUUCAAGUGCAGACCGAUUUUCCGCACCCGUUCGCCUUCUCGCUCGCACUCACUGUACUGUCGUCGUGUGCACUUUGUGAAUUACAGCACAAAUAUGUCGAUUUAAGCAAAGAAUUCAAAUGUAACGCCUGCCGCCGCACAAAGACGCAAAAGCAAUAGGAAACAUAGACUGCUAUUUUAAAAGGCCACACCUGCAAGACGCACGCUUAUCUUUCUGCACCAGCAACACCCUAGGAUCGAAGGCAUAUAAAUAGGUACCCCGCACCCCGACUUCUCCACCAUCUAAAGUCGUCCUGGCAACGGAGGAAAUAAGGACAUGCAAAGAGCAUUCCCAUACGCAGUGUGGCCUACGUUAUCUCUAUAAGAUGUCCUUGGCUGUUUCGCUGCGCAGAGCCCUUUUGGUGCUGCUCUCCGGCGCCAUUUUCAUCCUGACGGUGCUGUACUGGAACCAAGGAGCCACCAAGGCCCAGGCGUACAGUGAGGCGUUGGAACGCCCCCACAGCCACCGCGAUGCUAGUGCCUUUCCCAUACCCGUCGAGAAGUCCUGGACUUACAAGUGCGAGAAUGACCGAUGCAUGCGGGUGGGCCACAGUGGCAAGUCCGCCAAGCGGGUCUCCUUCAUCAGCUGCUCGAUGACGUGCGGCGAUGUCAACAUUUGGCCACAUCCCACCCACAAAUUUGUGCUCAGCCCCCAGACGCACAGCUUCUCCGUGGAGGACGUGCAGCUCCAGGUGGACACAUCACAUCGCGAGGUGCGCAAGCAACUGCAACUGGCCUUCGAUUGGUUCCUCAAGGAUCUGAGACAAAUCCAGCGGUUGGACUACGCCAGCAGUUCAUCCGAGUCCACGGUGAGCGAAACCUCUUCGAAGGCGCGACGUCAUGCGGAUGUGGAACCGGCGGCCACGCUCUUUGGAGCCACCUUCGGUGUGAAGCAGGCUGGGGAUCUGACCAGUGUGCAGGUCAAGAUCAGUGUGCACAAGUCCGGAGACCUCAACUUCAGCCUGGACAAUGAUGAAACCUACCAGCUGAGUUCGCUGACUGAUGGACACCGCCUGCAGGUGGAGAUCGUGGCAAACUCCUACUUCGGUGCCCGCCACGGCUUGUCCACGCUGCAGCAACUCAUCUGGUUCGAUGACGAGGAUCACCUGCUGCAUACGUAUGCCAAUACCAAAGUAAAGGAUGCGCCCAAGUUCCGAUACCGCGGCUUGAUGUUGGACACUUCGAGGCACUUCUUCUCGGUGGAGUCCAUCAAGCGGACGAUCAUGGGCAUGGGUUUGGCCAAGUUGAACCGCUUCCACUGGCACCUCACCGAUGCCCAGAGUUUCCCGUACAUUUCGCGUUACUAUCCCGAGUUGGCCGAGCAUGGAGCCUACUCGGAGAGCGAGACGUACACGGAGCAGGAUGUGCGCGAGGUGGCCGAGUUCGCCAAGAUCUAUGGUGUCCAGGUCAUACCCGAGAUCGAUGCACCCGCCCAUGCGGGCAACGGCUGGGAUUGGGGACCGAAGCGCGGAAUGGGCGAGCUGGCCAUGUGCAUCAACCAGCAGCCGUGGAGCUUCUACUGCGGCGAACCGCCGUGCGGUCAGCUGAAUCCGAAGAACAACCACACCUACCUCAUUCUGCAGCGACUCUUCGAGGAGCUGCUCCAGCAUACGGGGCCCUCGGAUCUCUUCCAUCUGGGCGGCGACGAGGUGAAUCUCGACUGUUGGGCGCAGUACUUCAACGACACCGAUCUGCGCGGCUUGUGGUGUGACUUUAUGCUACAGGCGAUGGCCAGACUAAAACUGGCCAACAAUGGAGUGGCGCCCAAGUACGUGGCCGUGUGGUCGAGCGCCCUGACCAACACCAAGUGUCUUCCAAACAGUCAAUUCGCCGUUCAGGUUUGGGGCGGCAGCACCUGGCAGGAGAACUACGACCUGCUGGACAACGGCUACAACGUGAUCUUCUCGCACGUGGACGCGUGGUAUCUGGACUGCGGCUUCGGCAGUUGGCGAGCAACUGGAGAUGCUGCCUGUGCUCCGUACCGCACUUGGCAGAAUGUCUACAAGCACCGACCGUGGGAGCGGAUGCGACUGGACAAGAAGCGCAGGAAGCAGGUGCUGGGUGGCGAGGUGUGCAUGUGGACCGAACAGGUGGACGAGAACCAGCUGGACAAUCGACUGUGGCCUCGCUCUGCCGCUCUGGCCGAACGCCUUUGGACCGAUCCCAGCGAUGAUCACGAUAUGGAUAUAGUGCCGCCAGAUGUGUUCCGCAGAAUCUCAUUGUUCCGCAAUCGCCUCGUUGAAUUGGGCAUCCGGGCUGAGGCCCUGUUUCCCAAGUACUGUGCCCAGAACCCCGGCGAAUGCAUUUGAUAUUACCUCUAAGAAGUAAAUGUAAUCUCCCAAAACCCGAAUCCCGCAACCCUCCCGAAAUGUGCGUUAGUUAGUUGAUAGUCUAAUUGUUAUUUUAUACGGAUACCUAGGCUUCGUUUCGCAAGGAAGCGGGCGACUGUUUGAAAUGGUUUCUGGCAUAAACCAUGAAUCGAAUUUCGUUUUCAUAGAACAAACACAUUAACACACACCCAUUACUAGUACAAUCCAUCUCGGUUUAUAGCGCACACAGACAUUGCAGUGAAGCAUUACAAUGGAGAGCCGCCACUCGGUGGGAUGUCGGCUGGAAUGACCUAGUAGGGAAUCUAAUUGAGGUUGACAUGCAGGUGACGUUGAACACAAGAGUUCAUAGAUUUAGUUGUAGAUUUCAUACGCAUCAAUUCACUUACACGGACAUAGGCUUACGGUAUACAUAUAUAUAUAUUAAUACGUAGCUUUAGAUGAUAAAUCACGAUUGAGAAAUGACAAACUUUUUGAUAUUUUAAAAAGCUUUAUUCGCAGAAUAUUAAUAGUUAAGUUUUAGGUGACAUCAAAUGAUCUUAUCCUUAUCAUUUUCUUUUACUUUUCAUUUUGAUUAGUUUUCUUUUAUUUUCGCGUUGCCUUAAGUUAAAAUACAUUUAAUUACAUUUUCAGUGAUAUAAACAAUGUGACCUUAAGAAUCAGAAAGAAAAACAAAAACUGCUAAAAGAGUAAAACUUAGAAUUAACAUUAACAAUUAAUCGUUACGAACAAUUUUUGCACGCAUAUUGGCACAGAACUAACACUCGACUAGUAAAUUAGUAGCUAAAUUAGAAUCUACACUAAAAAGGGGAAAAAAUUGUUGGGGUAUUCACAGUUUUCUUGGUUUACUAUUUCUACAUUUGGAAUGUUUGAAAAGAUCCUUAUGUUGGCCAACUUGUUUUCGUACUUAAGAUUUUGCAACAAAAUAUCAGAAAACGGAAAACCUGAAUCCUGAACCUACAUUAGUUUAACAAUUCCUGCUGUAACUCCAAGUCACUCUUGAAAAUAAACUAAAAGUCCAAUCUAA